AGCCUACGCCCACAUAUAAAAUGCAAGUUCACAGUCAUGGAGAGUCAAUGUGGGCAUUGAGAUCGCAGACAUGAGGACGAGUAGUUUGUGUGUACUGUCGUUUACUCUUUACACCAUAAUAGUAUCAACUUGUUCGGGAUAUCAUGUGUCGAAUAGUUUAACAAGCAUAUCGAAUAAAAAUGCGGAAAACUUGGUAUUAAGAGAAAAGCGACAAAUCGAAAAUUUUGAUACUGAUGAUGACUUCCCAACAACGCCUAGUGAUAAUGUACAAGAUGAAAAUAGUUUCUGGGACAGGAUAGUUAAAGUAGCUAUUAAAUUGUUUAGUCGAUUUGUGGAAUGGUUGAAUUCAUAAUUAUAAAUA